CUGGGGGAGCAAGUCCUGCUCUUUCUGUGUUGUUUUCAUUAUUUCCACUUUACCAAGGGUGAUCUCUUGGCUUCAAUACCUCAGAAUAACAUAUUCAGAUCAGGCUGUUCAUCACAGAGCUCUGAAAGUACCUUGUCCUGCUAGGUGCUCUCUUUGGGACACUGAAGAAACAACAAGAUUGAUGGGCACUUGCCUCACACAAUUCAGGGAAAAGUUAUUUUAAAUUGCAAUUAUUUCCCACAUAAUAAGCAGGAAUCUAAUUUUUGUUGUUACACUUACAUUACUGUAAUGGGACUUUGCUUGAAUGGGAAGAUGUGUUUUCAAAUUCACUGUUUCCAACUGCACAGACACACUCAAGGUGUGUAACAUUUAAUGAUACUGAUCACUGGUGUGUAAUGCAAUCAGCGUUUAUGUUUCUCUAGUGUGACUUAUUGAUGCCAGUAUAUACACACUGCACCUUCCUCAGCUUUUUCUGGGAAUGCUGGUGCUGUCUGUCCUGUCAGCUGAUGAGCCAGAGAUGGGCUCAAAAACAAGGAGAGGGGGCAGAGGUCUCUGAUGGGGGUCCUGUGCAAGGUGCAGAACGAGCUGCAUGGGUUACAAACACAUUCCAUCCUGCUGAUGGCUUUUAAUCCUCAUUGUUCUCAUGGGUUUUCUUGAUAAAUACACUUCUCAACCUCCACUGAGUUGUCAUCCAGGCCUGAAUUGUAAGGAACAGUAAACAUAAUGGACAGACUCAACUUAAUAGAUUUUGCUACAAGCUUUUUAUUAGCGCAGCUUUUUAAAAAGAAGAAGGAAAAAGAGAUGACUGCAUUUAUUUACUUGAAAUGCAGAAAGUAGCUCUUUGAAAUCCAAGGGAAGCAUGCCCCAGUGGGCUCAGUUCAGUUGGUGGCUGUGGAAUGAGGGAAGGAUCCAUCCUGCAGGUCUGGAAUGGGUUAACAGUGCCUGCAGAUGUUCAGGAAUUCCUCUUUUGACUUGACCGUGGGGUUUUGCUGCUCUUCAGGGCACAAGUGCACUCCAGUCUCAGCAGGUUCAUGGGUUUGGAGAUGCCUUUCAUCCUCUCCUGUUCUUGCUGCGUGCUCGGGGAGGGAUCACGCUGUGUCUUGCAGCCAUGUGUCUUCCUUGGUUGCGUUUCUAGAGAUUUGCAGACCCACAUAAAACAUCCAUUAAAUUAAGCAAAAUGGCCUUUAGAAAGCUACAUUUCAAGUGGAAGAAAUGCUUUAUGUAACGUAGGGGUAUGUGAGGGGACCUAAAUACAAGCUUAAAUUGGCUGUUACGAAAAUAGGUAUAAUUGGGUUUUUGCACAGUGAUUUUACAGCUUCUGAGUUUAAUGUCCUGGUGAAAUCCUGCAUCCAGUCCACGUGCAGCUGAGGAGAUGGGGGUUGAGGAGCCUGAGCAAUGGGACUUGUUCUAGGAACAGCCUUGCCCUCGAUUGCAAAACUGGACAUACCUGUCAUUUGCUGAGGCUCUGCUGUGUCUGAGAGGUGUCUGGAGUGGUGAUUCCUUCUCACCUGCGUUUGCCCUUCGGUCUCUGCCCUCAGCCACCCUGUGUCAGGGGAAGGGGCAUCUCUGACCGUGGUUGUAACUGCUUGCAGGUGAAAAAUGCAGCUGUACCCUCCUAACUGGGCACAUGCCAAGAGCUGCAGCUUUGUUUUCCAGCCAGAUCAAUGCAGUUCGUUUAAGUCGUUGGGUAAUUUAGUAGCUGGAGGCACUUCUGUGGGCUUGGCGUGAGAGCCACUGCUUCACUUCCCCCUCGGGAAGGCUGGGGAGGGUUUCCCUCUGAACCCAGGCUUCCCCAGCUGCAUCCGGGCACAGGUGAUGCUCUGGGGUCUUUGUCCAGCCAUUCUGGGAUCAGGAGCCUGGGGAAGUGCAGGAUAUCACAUUUUGACCUUGCAUCCUCAUAUUAAUCCUGAUGGUUUUUCCUGUCUCAAUAUUUAAAGCCUUUCCAUUCUUCUGUCUGGGGAGACAGAGUAUUGGCUCUCCCGGGUAAAGAUUGACACAUCCUCUUUUGGAAAGUUUGUCUCAAAGCAGGUUUUCUUCAUAGAAAUCAAGGUGCCUUUGAAUCCCGUUGGCAGGAAUUGGAAGAAUGUUUAUUUUUAUUUGGUCUAUCUUCAACCAGUUAGGCCUGAGAGCCAGUUUCCUUUCUAGUUAGGUCUUGAAAGGAUGUAAAAAAUCUGCUGCUUUCCUUGGAGUCUCUUAGCCAAGGCAUGGGAAGAAUGCCUGGUACUGCGAGGCAGGGCAGAAAAAGCUGAGAUAGUAUUUGCUGCUUCUUUGAAACUAUCCCUUUUUAAUUGUCUAAACAGCAAUUCAAAGAAAAUCUCUGUUCUUCUCUAUCUUCUUCCAGCAUUAUAAUUCUAUAUAAUCACUUUUCUUUCUCUAAAAGAAUAGAGCAUGAUUCUUUUUUUUCCAAAAGGGAGAAGGGAUAAAUUCCAGAUGUUGCUGGGAUACACUUUUUGCCUCUGUUUAACAUUUAGUGGCUUUCAGUAAAUAUGCUGCAAGAGGUGGGGCUGGUGUUUUUAUUCCAGGACGAAUCAUCUACAACAAAUCCCAUCUGCCACUGGGGGGAGAGUGUCUUUUGGGUGUGACCUGGUGGGGUUGGAGCUGAUUCUGCCAGAGACUGAGGCUGGCCCAGGUGCUGCUCUGGGGUUUUUGCCCUUGGUCACUUCAUGCUGCCUUUCCCACUCCACUGCUGAGCUCCUGCUCUGUGAGCAUGAGGGUCAGAUCCCUGGCAUGGGAAUGGGCACUAAACUGGCACAGGGCAUUUUUGGGAGCAGCUCUGCUCUGCAGGCAGCCCUGGCUGGGUGAGGGCUGUCAUGUCCUCUGUGCUGUGCCACGUGGGAUGCUCAGUUUAGCAGGACUCUCCUGGCCAGCCAGGCCUUCUGCUGCUGGUGUUGCAGCCCAGCAAAGAACAUCCUGCACCAGUGUGGGGCUGGAUCCAGAAACUGGGCUCUGCACAUGGGCAGCCCUUUUCCCUCCUUUCUUGCCUUUUCAGUGCAUGCUGUGUUUGUCCCUGCUGUGCAGCCUUGCAGGUGAAGCAGCAGUGAUUUUCCAGCAUGUGUUGCACAGAGGCGUUGUGGGACCAACACAGCAGCUCCAUUCCCUGUUUCAUGUUUUCACCUGUUUAGGCAAAGCACAUCUCUGCUUUGUUGGCAGCCUGUUGGGUUGCACAAACAGUGUAAGACAAAACCACGAGCAGGUGUUGGUCCAGCCAGGGUAAUUACUGGUUCCAUGCUGCUGCUGGUAGGCAGAGAGCCUGAGCCACCCUUCCCAUGGAGCUGUCUGGCAGCACUGUGGCUGCAGAAGGGCUCAGGGCACGGCUCAGCCACUCCCUGGAUCUCUUCCCUGCUGCCGAUUGCAUAAAAAAGUUUAUGCAUAUAAGGAGGGAGGGAGGGAGGAGAGCUGAGGGUGGCUCUGGUCAGGUUUAAAGCACCAGCUUUAUGUGCCAGUUCUUAUUUGCAUUUUGAAAAUUGGCAAAUGCAUGGCUGAACCUAAAGGGCAGAUGUGAGGAUGGGUGAGGCAGGCGUGCUAAGAGACAGAGGAGAAGCAACAUCCCAAAAUCUUGCCUGACUUCAGAGGGUUCAGGCUGGCAUGUCUCACACAUCCCAGAGCAUGGCCAAACAUCUUGGAUGAGACAUGAUGGGGAGCUCGUACCCACACAUGCACAGGGUGUCACGCUGCAUCACCUGGGCUGUGGAGCAGGGAGGGGAGAGACAUUGCUUUCUAUCCUUUUGGAAAUUUAGCCAGAGAAAAGCUGAUCCUGAUCCAGCCAGCUGCAUGCACAGUGUCUCUUUCUCUCAACUUUUAAAUUUCCUUUGAGCUCCCACCCUUCUGGGUCUCCCAAACCAUUUUGGCAUCCACUUUUUCUCAGACUCUACAUUUUACUUUUGGGACUCCCACCCUUUUUGGCCUCCAGUCUUCUUUUGGCCUUUCACUCCUUUCCAUCCUCCCACCCCUUUUCAGGCUUUGUGCAGUGAGCUGGCUGAGCAGGAGGAGGAGGAGGAGGUCCAAGCUUGUUGCCACACGUUGGUGUUUGGCUCGGCAGAAUUCCUUUCUCUCCUUUCCUGUCACGCUUGGUGUCGGUGCCCGUUCCAGGGGGUUGGUGGUGGUGCACAUGGGCCUGGAGGCUCUCAGCUGCAUUCAGGUGACACCUCGUAUUUUCAGGCCCACUUUUGAACAGCUGCAUGUGAAGCAUCUGAAUCAGCCUGACUUCACAUCAGUGAGCCCAGCCUGUGACCCCUCGCUGUUUAGCUGCUGCAGUAAUUUACACUGACUCUCUGAUCCUUAAUCUUUUUCUGGGAUUAAAAAGUUGCUUUUCUCUGUCCUCCCAGGUACACGGAAAGUAACUUUUUAAAGCUUUAUUUGAGAGCAGUGAUGUGCUGAUAUAUUCCCUUGAGCCUGCUGUGUUGCUGCAGAGGCAGGAGCAGUGUGAGGAGAGCCGUGUGCCCGUGGCCCCAGCGUGCUGUGUCUGGCAGCUCCUGCCUCCCUUGCUCUCGGGUUAAAGGCCAGUUUUAUAGGCCAGUAGGACUCCUUCUGAUCAGACUGUACUAAUUAGUACCAAUUAACCAUUAUCAGUGACAGACAGUUCUUACAGGCUUAAUAAAAGAGUCCUGUGUACACGUGUUUCUUUGGCGAACCUCCUGCGGGAUGCAGAGCUCCCACCCAGCCCAGAAUGUCUCAGCUUGCCAGGCACUGGGGAGGAUCCAUGUCCUGGAAUCCCUUCAGUGUUGCAGGCAGUCGCACACUGAUGGGUGACAGAGAAGUCAUGAGUUAUCUUCUGUUACAAACUUUCUGCUGCUUUGUUCGCCUCACUUGAAAAUACAUCUGCCGGGCAUUGCUCUUGGGGUGUUGUGCAAGAUUUUGCUGUGGCUCUUCCUCUUCAGCACUCCACAGCCACUGCCCUCACUAUGGGCCUGUGGUGUCAGGAGACCCCGAGCUGUCACCAGGCUCAGCAGCAUGUGGGGCUCAGCUCUGUGUGUUUGCAGAGGAGACAGAGUGUGAUAAACAGUCCAUCAGUGCCUUGAAGGGCAGAGUGCUGCCCUGCGCCGUGGACAGGCAGUCUGGCAUCGUUGCAUGUGGCAGGGGGGUGUCUGGGGUGGGUUGAGUGAUCCCCAAAACUUCACAAACCACUGUGAAACUUUGGCAUUGCCAUUAGGGGAGAUCAGGAGAGCAGUCCUGGGGAAGCAGGGGAGAGAGGAAAGGGACCUGGUGUAGCAAUGUCUGGUGUGGGAAAAGCACGUGGGGUCAUUAGCAGGAGUGUGGCACCUCUGGCACUGCUGGCCCUGUGGAGAUGGUGGGAGCAGGUGUCUGCUGGCCAUGGGGAGCUCUGCCAGGACGAGUCCCCAGGAGGGGAGCUGGGGUGUGUGUGCAGCCGCUCGGAGGUGGCUCCCAUCACUGACAGAUCCUUUCUGUUUUUCUUUCAAAUGUCUCCAGGCACUGAAUGUUUAGGUCGCACCUUUCCAGGUAAACUGGCGGAGUUGGAGUUUGUACAGAUAAUCAUAAUCGUGGUGGUGAUGAUGGUGAUGGUGGUGGUGAUCACGUGUCUGCUGAACCACUACAAACUCUCGGCACGAUCCUUCAUCAGCCGGCACAGCCAGGGCAGGCGGCGAGACGAGAACCUCUCCUCAGAGGGAAGCCUGUGGCCUUCGGAAAGCACCGUGUCGGGGACCGGCAUAACCGAGCAGCAGAUCUACACCCCGCGGCCCAGCGAGCGCCUGGCCGUGCCUUCCUUCCUGCAGAGGGAUCGCUUCAACCGCUUCCAGCCCACGUACCCGUACCUGCAGCACGAGAUCGACCUGCCGCCCACCAUCUCUCUGUCGGACGGCGAGGAGCCCCCGCCCUACCAGGGACCCUGCACGCUGCAGCUCCGCGACCCCGAGCAGCAGAUGGAGCUCAACAGGGAGUCGGUGCGGGCGCCCCCGAACAGAACCAUCUUCGACAGUGACUUGAUGGAUAACUCGGUGUUCGGGGGGCCGUGCCCCCCCAGCAGUAACUCUGGCAUCAGCGCCACCUGCUACGGCAGCAGUGGCAGGAUGGAGGGGCCGCCGCCCACCUACAGCGAGGUGAUCGGGCACUACCCCGGCUCCACCUUCUACCAGCACCAGCAGAACAACAGCGGCGUGCCCCCCAUCUUGGAGGGCAGCAGACUCCAUCCCUCACACAUCAAUGGCCUUGAGAGCACAACGACGACGACGACGACGACGGCGUGGAACAAAGAGAAAGAGAAACAAAAAGGGCACCCCUUUUAAAAAAU